GAAGCAUAUAUAUAUAUGUAUAUUCAGAGAGGUGCUGUCAGUGUGGAAGAACAAGGUUCCCGGUACCUGCUCGCUCAUCUCCAACACAACAGGUCUUCUGCACAAACAGUCAUGGAAGCUGCUAUCGACACCCUUGUCAGCCAGUUCAAGGAUUUUGCCGGGAAAGACGGGUCGGCCGGCACCCUGAGCAAAGACGAGUUCCAGAGCCUGAUGACUUCUCAGCUGCCCAACUGUGCCAAGGACCUCAGCAUUGACCAGCUGAUGGGCUCGCUGGAUGAGAACAACGACGGGGAGCUGACUUUCUCGGAGUUCUGGCAGCUGAUUGGAAAACUGGCGAGUCAGCGGGGCGGCUUCAGUCAGUAGACCUUGCGGAAUUGUGCAACAACCAAUCAACUCAAUUUAAAUCAUCCAGCUGUAAACUCGAGGGCCUUUGGAUUCUGUCAUCACUCCAGCAGUGGAUCGUGUGUAACUGUUUAUUUAACCAUACGCUGAAUGCAGGGGACAUUGAAUUAAAGGCCUCACUGUGUUCAA